AGUUUCAUGAGACGGAAGUGGGGAAUUGUAGUCGUUAGAGAUCCUGGUAGUGACAUGACAAAUCAAACUGCAUUCUGAAAAACACACAGCAAGCCGAGUCAAAAGAACAGAUUUAUUGGGAGGUCUCCUGAACAAACACAAAGGAUGCACGGUCGAGUGAAGAUUAAAUCUACAGCCCAGCAGGAGGAGGAGAGAAGAAAGGAGCGUGAGAAGAAACUGAAGAUAUAUGUGGCUGCACGAGAUGCCAUAUUUUCUAAGAGGAAGGAGGGGAUCUGGGAUGACGAGGCUCUCCUGCUGACCCAGCAGCUCCUAUCAUCCAAUCCUGACUUUGCAACCCUGUGGAACUACAGAAGAGAGAUCCUAAUGCACCUGGAGACUGUGAGGGAGGAGGAUGAAGUGCAAAAGAUUUAUGAGUCUGAACUGGCAUUUCUGGAGUCUUGCCUGAAAGUGAAUCCAAAGUCCUACGGCAGCUGGCACCACAGAGGGUGGGUCUCAUUCCGCUUGCCUCGACCGGACUGGGCCAGAGAGCUGAGCCUGUGUGAUCGCUGCCUCAGUCUGGACGACCGCAACUUCCACUGCUGGGAUUAUCGCCGCAUGGUUGUGAAGAUGUCUGGUGUUCCUGUGGAUCAGGAGUUGGCGUUUACUGAUCGUCUUAUUGGCUCCAACUUCUCCAACUACUCCAGCUGGCAUUACCGUAGCACCCUGCUGCCGCUGCUCCACCCCGAGUCUCCUGAGCCCCCGUCACCGUGCCGCGAGCCUCCCCAGACCUCCCCUCCACCAUCUCCGCAAACCCACUCCCAUCGCGUCUGUGAAGAGCAGCUCCUCAAAGAAUAUGAACUUGUACAGAAUGCUUUCUUCACUGACCCCAAUGAUCAGAGUGCUUGGUUCUACUAUCGUUGGUUGCUAGGCAGAGCGGAACGUGAAGAGAUGAUCAGCUGUGUGUAUGUCAGCCGGAAUGAGGAGAGAGUGGCCGUUGCUUUCUCACGGCCUGUUAAUGCGCAGUCUGUCGGCCUGCUACUGGUUCUCGACGGUCAGCCCCAGAGAGUGGAGUGGAGGAGCGUCCACCUGCGCUUUAAACACAGCCCUGUCUGGAUCUGUGAUCUUCCUCCUGGAACAAUAAGCGACAUCACAAAUGAACACAACCUGACUGUACACUGGACUGAAAAACACACUCACAGAGACUGUGCUCUCUACACAGGUCGAACUGAGAGUUGGUGCCGGGACUCUGCCACAGAUCAGGAACUUUUCAGGAGUGAACUCUCAGUAGAGAAGACCUCAGUGUUACAGUCAGAGCUGCAAUCAUGCAACCAGCUACAAGAACUGGAGCCGCUCAAUAAGUGGUGCUUACUGACCAUUAUCCUCCUGAUGAGGGCACUAGACCCACUGGGAUAUGAAAAGGAGACUCUUGCUCAUUUCCAAACAUUGAAAGAAGUGGAUUCUAUGCGCUCUGCAUAUUACAGUGAUCUGUGCAGCAAGUUUAUGAUUGAAAACACCAUCCUGAAAAUGGAGUACGCUGAAGUGCGCGUCUUCAGCAUGUCUGACAAGAACCUGACCACUUUAUGCCACCUGGACCAGCUGUUAUUGGUUACCCAUAUCAAUUUGUCCUCCAAUCAGCUUCAGCGGCUGCCUCCUCAGUUCGCCAUGUUGCAGUGCCUGGAGGUCUUGGAGGCUGAUAACAACGCCAUAGAAAAUCUGGAAGGAGUGUAUCACCUUCCCAAACUGGAAGAAGUACUCUUGAAGAAUAACAAAAUCUCUAAAUUGACAGAUCUUCAGCCGCUGGCCUCCUGCCCCAAUCUGAAGCGCCUCGAUCUCCGCGGCAACCCUGUCACUCAGCUGGCCAACAUCGAGUCGGAGCUGGCCGAGCUGCUGCCCUCAGUCACAGACCUGCUGCUCUGAUGUGACGGAGGGCAGGAAUCACUGCCAUCAUCGUCCCGUCGUUCAAUUGUCCGUCUCAUUCUCUGGAGUGUUUGUUUGUGAAAGAGCAAGUGGGUGUUUUUCAAGCGUCUCGUGACUCUGUUUGUUCCACUUGUUUGGGAAACUGUCAAUCACACCGUCCCUGAGGGCCCGAAGGCCUGAUGCCUCAGCGCAUAUGUCAGAAACCUCUAACACCUUCAGCAAAAUGUCUAGAUUUGUGAGUGAGUGAGUGAGUGAGUGAGUGCGUAAUAACCAAUGUUGCAUUUUGUGUGUGUGUGUGUGUUUACGGAUGUCCUUAAUACAACACACCCAAAUGCAUGCGGAAACCCUGGUAAUGAACUAAGUGACUGACGGUUUAUGGAUUGGCGUGCAGCAAUGCUGGCUUAUUGCUUAAAACGGUUGAAUUUGAAAAAUGAGCUUAUAACUAAUAAUCAGAGCAUCUCAUAGUUCUCAUACACAUUUUUUUAAAAGGUUAUGUAAAGCAUUUAAUAUAUGACACUAUACUGUUGCACAGUAAGUCACAGAUCAAGUAAUAAAACAGCACACAUUGUGUCACUGCCUUCCAAAAA